UCAUGCGUGCUUUGGUGCAGUUUUUUUCAUUUUGUGUUUUAUAUGUAUAUUUCAGUCUCUUCCUCGCACAUAUAGCUUACCUUUACCGUCACCGACAAUUCGAAAUAUCUUUCUUUCUUUCACAUCAUGCCACCAAACUUUACAUUUUUGUUGGGCUGCAACCGAAAUGUUUUUUAUGUUUGUUUCAUUUUUUCUCCUUUUUUAUUGAGAUGCUUGUGAGUAUAAGUGUAUAUAGCUGUUAGAUACGUGAGGUACACGUUUAUUCAUUUUUAUACGGCAGUUUACAGUUAGUACGGCAGCUGUUAUCAGCGUCGUGUGUUUUAUAGUGGCAGCAACGACUUACCCUGCAGACAUACUGCUCAUUCGUGUGUUUGUAUAUUUCUUUCUUUUUAAAGGUUUCACUACGUUGGACCUCUGGUUGGCUCAACAUUUGCGCACAUAAACAAACGUACAUUUAUAUGUAUAAUUCAUAUAAGGAGUCUACCGACGAUUUUUAAAAUUCGUGUCAAAUUUUUAUAAAAAUAUAUAAUAAAUACACGAGAAAGGAUAGUAAUGGGGAUGCGGCCAUACGUUAUGACCUAUACAAAUAAUUAAUAAUGGAAUAGCGGGCACUGACAGGACCAGACUUUUUCGGUUAAUAAAUUAUCCUUAACAAAUAUCAAAAAUAGUUGGAACCGUCCAAUGUUCACGGUUUAUGAAGAUGUUUGCUGUAUUUCAUUAUGUGCACAAAAUGUGGUCAAAUUACUCAAAAUACACUUGUUCCUUAACGUAUGAAUUUAUAAACCCGUAACUUGCGCUUCGGUUAUAGAUACACAUUGGUGACAACCAAUGCUUCACGUAUCGAGGUUUCAGCAAAAAUUUUGUUAACGACGGAUUUUGUUAACGGGCGAUCAAGGCUACACGAAUCGAGGUUUCAAUGAAAUUGUUUUUGGAAUGCGUUUGAACUCAAAAUCGAACAAUCAAGGUUUCGAAAAAAAAAAUUCUGUUAUUGGAUCGCUUUCGGAUUCAAAAGAAAACCACACCCAAAAUUGUUUUGAAUUUUACAAAAUCCUGUAUCUUCAAAAUGGCUACGGGAAAUUCGUGUAUUUAGCAAUAAUUUCAGAGCUAAACUUAAACAGUCGGCUCUAUUUCUUCAAUAUAUCCAUAACUAAUUACAGUUAAAUUCGUCGUAUCUGGAACUCCCCGACGUGGUACUUUUGUCCGGCUACUGGUGCAAAAUCGCGUGUUUAAAAUGUAUUCCUAGAGGCAGAAGCUGCAACACAGAACUAUAUUUCUACUAAACUAAUAAAUGUCAAGCAGGAGUGAAUGAAUGACAAUUAUCCCAUUAGAUUCCGUUGAACCACCACGAAGCAGACGGCGCCAGGGCUAGUCAAUUUUCUUGCUGUGAUCAUUUUACAAGUUUGUAUACAUGUAUAUAAGAAUUUUAAAAAUCCGAAACUAUAAAUCGUUCACAACUUUCUUGAAACAUUUUAUGAAAUUUUGUCUGUUUUCAAACAUAAUUUGAACAAAAUAUUACCAAAAUAGUAUCCGUGUCCGGUCGGAACGUACUCAUGUCCGGUUGUAAGAAUUGAUUUUUUAUGAAAAUAUUGUUUAAAACAAUGUAUUCAUUAAAUUCGUCCAGAUAUAUGUAGGUAUCCGGUUAUAAGGACUGUCCUGACUGAGUGUUUCACUUUAUUACCGUUAUCAUCAACAUUUUAUGGACCCUAUAACUUUUAUAAUUAGAUGUGCGCAUAUUGCUAUUCUGAUAAUACCAAUGUGUUUUCAAUUUAAAUAUGUUUAAAGUGUUGCUGACACGGUCAGCUGAGACAUCUGCGUUAUUAAUGCAUAUAUAUGACAAUAUUUUAAAUACGAAAUUAGAAGCUACAAUACAUGUACAAUGUAAAUAAAAAUAUUUGGCAGUUAUGUACACAUUUGCAAAGAUGGUUGUGAGGUGCACUAACUGUGCAAUGUUACUAACAUUAAAGAUUUUCAAAAUGUUCACGGAUAUACAUAUAUUGUAUUUGAGUUUGUACAACCAAGUAAAUAUAUGUAUACAUAAGUAUGUACUUGCAUUUGUAUCUUCCCAACUCGUAUGAUUUAGUUUGCAGCGUGGCAGUUGUUGCGGCACACUCACUGAAGUCGAAGCUUCAGUCAUUUCGCUUCGUUUGAUGCGGCUUUUAUUUUAGCAUCGGGUUUGUCCACACGAUGAUUCUGGCAGCGAGUUACUGCCGUCUGUUGGAUGACUCCGGGCCCAAAAGCGUUCACAAAUAGUAAACAAGCGCACAUUUCUUAAUGCAUACAUCCAUAUAUACACUUUGUUUCAUUGCUAUAAAGACAUUAUAUUUCUGUGAAAUAUAGUGUGAUGUUAAAGCUCCAUAGUAACUCUAACAAUUCUAUAAAUACAUAUUUUUUUUCUAACGGUACUUUACCUACCAUUGUAGGUAGUAAGCGGAAUGCACUGAAAACGGUGUUUCAUAGCUAUAAAGACACUCAUACUGAUCCGUGCCAUUUAGAGUUAUAAAUUAAUCUUAUUAAAUUGUGUUUGCUAAUCUAAGAAUGCCGCGCAAAAGCAUACGUAACGAUUAAGAGAAAGAAUUUGAAUGGUGAGGGUUUGACCAAUCGAGUUAUUGCUCUGAAUUUGGGAAGGUCGGUAACAGUGGUAAUUACACUGUGCAACAUUUUUGGGAUUAUUGUCUGGGGGGUGAGAAAUUCCAAGUCAUUGUGAUGGUACUAGGUCAGUAUACUAAAACCCUCAAAGGGUUUGGCGUUCGUAUGAGUCAGUUUUCCCCAAUAACUCCAGACUUCUGGCCAUAAACUACUAAAAAAAUAAAGUAAACAUUUUUAUAAUUUUUUAUUUUUAUUUUAUUUAUUUAUUUUUAUUCAUUUUAAUAAAUAUUGCCUAAAAAGAAAUUAUAAAAAAGGCGAUAAAUGACACUUUUUUGAAUAAAAACAAAUAGAAAUUGUAAUUCUUAAUUUUUCUAAAUUUGUUUCAUCAAAAUCGGACAAGUGGUUCGCGAAAAAACAUCAAGAUAAGGAAAAAAUUUAAAAGGUCAUAAAAAAACUGACACAUACGAACGCCAAACCCUUUGAGGGUUUUACUAUACUGACCUAGUACCAUCACCCUGACUUGAAAUUUCUCACCCCCCAGAUUAGCUGUUGUACUGUGUUACCUGAAUUACAAAGAAAAUUAUGGUCAGAGAACAUACAUAUAUAUGUAUCUAUGUACUUAUUAACACUCGACAGGAAAGAGAAAUUUGUGGACAAUUAUCAAAUAAAACGACGCCAAUGCGGAAAGUGAAAAAGGACAACCAAAUUUCUGCAUUCAACAACGAUUUGGUGUGCGGUGAAACGAAAUUUUAACAUUGUACGUAAGCAAAUGCAGAAAACACCUCUUUUUAAACCACGCCACAAAGUCUAUCGUCUCAGUUUUGUCUGAAAUCACAUGAAUAAAGAAUGGCAUGAGGUGAUUUUUUCGAUGAUUAAAAGUUCAACCUUGGUAGUCCAGAGGGCUUUUUGGGAUACUAGAGAGAUUUAUGAAAAGAGCCGCAAUAUUUUUCAAAACGCAGUUUCGGCGGAGGCGCAUUUAUGGUAUGGGCGCAUUCUCAAAUUCUGGGACAGUACCAUUGGCAUUCCCUUCUUACCGAAUGAAUAGUUCCGAGUACCAGGAAGUAUUAGAAGCAAAUAUGCUACCCUAUAUGGCUUGAAUGUAAAAAUAUCAAUAUUUUGGAAUAGCCAGCUGGUUCUUCUGAUGUAAGUCCUAUUGAGAACAACUGGGGAUGGCUGGGAAGAAAGGUUUAAGUGAAUUACCGUCAACUAAUUACGAUGUCGAAGCUGAAAGCGGCUAUUUUGAAAAAUUAUUGACCCUGGAAAUACUUUUUCAUUACACAAACUCAGUGACAAAUUGAAUAUUCGUACUUAUUAAUUAUAAUGGAAACACAAUAAACUAUUAGAAAGAAAUUGUUUCUUUCCUUUUUUCGUGGUGGAAGGGUUGUCUUUAUAGCAAUGAAACACCGUUUUCAGUACAUUCCGCUUACUACAUAUCAAGAAAUUUUUUCACAGAAAUAUAAUGUUUUUAUAGUAAUGAAACAAAGUGUAUGCAUGCCCAUGUUCUCAUGCACUUAUAUAAUUAUGUAUGUACAUGCUUAGUAUAUAGUUCGUGCGCUCCGACUUCGCCAUCGCCAUCGCCAUCGACAUCGUCAUAUUGUCGUUUAUGCUCGUUCGUGUUUGUUGAUUUGUUGGUUCUUCGGUUCGUUGGUUUGUUGGUGUAUUUUUUCGCUUGAGAGCUCAUUAACGUUUCGCUUCGCUAAGUGCGCUGUAUCGCCUGGGAGACAGCAACGCGUCAGCCCAAGCAAAUCGAAUAUCGUCAAAGUUAGCAAAACCCAGUCAUACAGCCAAAAUUAAAAUUCAUUAAGCUGUGAAAAAGUCUCGAACUUAUAUUUUUUGUUAAUGUUUUUCUUCACCCGUGUCUAUGCGUGCGUAUCAUAGUUUCGUGUACAGGUGUUUGACUGUCUGUAGGCGAAUGAAAUAAUGUAUCUGAUUAUCUAAAAACGCAAAAAUAUCACCUUUGGAAAUUAGUGACAUUACAUAUAUGUGUAUAUACAAAUAUUAAAAAAAAUUGCAGUGAAAAAAGAACAUAAUGAAGAAAAACGUUACAAGUAGUUAAAUUUAAAGCGCGAAAUAAAGUAAAAAUGUAAUUUUUAAAAUUCUACUGGACACAAUGAGAAAUAAAAUCAAUCAUUUUAUCUAAAAGCGAAUUUUUGUGUAAAAUGUCCCACCGUUACAAAUACGUACAUACAUACAUACAUAUAUUUAUAUAAUAUAAAUUAUAUGCAUAUAUGAUAUAUGUUAAAUUAUUAACGUAUAAAUAAAAUAUUUCCAUCGAAAUUCUCGCAGAAUAAUUAGUUGCACUCCAACAAACACGUUACAGGAUUUCUCAUAUAUUAAUCUUAAACACAAUUGAACUCGAUUCUAAAUAUUUACGUAUUCAAUGAAUGCUGAGAAAAUUUUAAUAUACAUAACGUGUAAAAAAUUCGUAACGGGAAUAUGCAAAAACUAUAUGCAUUCGCAUAUGCAGAGUGCAAACUUAGCAAAUAAAAUAAAAGUAGAACACAAUUUUUUGAAAUUAUAUUUUAUACUAAUAUCUUACAUAAUACAUCAAAAUAAAACGUGUUGGAAAAUAUAAUAUAAAUCAUAAAUACGUAAAAACAUCAAAAAUUAAAGCUACAUAUGUAUAUGUACGUUUAUUCCUGUGCUAAUAAUUUCAACAAUAAUAAGCAAACUCAUAUCAACUGUAUGGUUCAUUGUUAUUCACAAUCAUACUCCACGAAAUAUAGACAAAAAUAAAAACAUCCGAUGAUGAUGCUAACUACAGAACACCUCAUGCAUGGCCAUGCAUCUUCGGUCAGCCAGAGCGCACUUUUUGGCUGCUCGACGGCAGGGCAUAGUGGCAUCAAUCAGCUUGGUGGCGUCUAUGUCAACGGGCGACCCCUGCCAGAUUCGACACGUCAGAAGAUCGUCGAGUUAGCGCAUUCAGGUGCGCGUCCCUGUGAUAUAUCGCGUAUACUGCAAGUAUCCAACGGAUGCGUUAGCAAAAUUCUAGGCAGAUAUUACGAGACGGGAUCCAUUAAGCCGAGGGCGAUAGGUGGAUCCAAACCACGUGUUGCUACAACGCCUGUCGUACAAAAAAUCGCCGAUUACAAACGAGAAUGUCCGAGCAUUUUCGCGUGGGAAAUAAGAGAUCGAUUAUUGUCGGAACAAGUUUGCAAUAGCGAUAAUAUACCAAGCGUAUCCUCUAUAAAUCGGGUUCUACGAAAUUUGGCUUCACAAAAAGAGCAGCAAGCACAACAACAAAACGAAUCGGUAUACGAGAAGUUACGUAUGUUUAAUGGACAAUCAGCAGGUUGGGCUUGGUACCCCAGUAAUACAACACCGGCACACCUGGCCUUGCCACCCACGCCGACAGCAACGAAUUUAACGGGGCAAAUAGUCCGCGAUGAUUUACCAAAACGUGAUAUAUUCUCGGGUGAAGUGUCACAUCCCAAUUCUCAUGAAAGUACUUCCGACGGCAAUUCAGAACACAAUUCAUCUGGUGAUGAGGACUCCCAGAUGCGAUUGCGUCUUAAACGGAAACUGCAGCGCAAUCGCACUUCUUUUACAAACGAGCAAAUCGACAGCCUGGAAAAAGAAUUCGAGAGAACACAUUAUCCAGAUGUAUUUGCACGUGAAAGGCUCGCUGAAAAAAUUGGUUUACCCGAGGCACGUAUUCAGGUAUGGUUUUCUAACCGACGCGCAAAAUGGAGACGCGAAGAAAAACUACGAACUCAACGCCGUUCAGCCGACCAUAUCAGCAAUAAUGGCUGUUCUGUCGGUGGUCGGUCGAGCACCGGCAAUACGGCUGCCAUUUCCGAGGCCGCCGUGGUCAGCAAUCAAAGUGGAUCUGGGAUAAAUGGAGUUGGCGGCGUCGGAGUGGGCGGUGGUGCAGCCGCCGACAUAAAUUCCGCUAGCAACAAUGGUAGCGCCACAGCAGGUUCAAAUGAAGGUGGAACAAGCGCUUCAGCAGCGGUGUCAAUACCAGGAACAAGUGACAAUGGUUCAGCCAUUUCGGCACUGGGUGAUUCAGCAGUCACAGCAGCAGUGACAGCUGCUGUGGUUGGUGGUCACGGCAGCUCACUGAGUCCUCCUCUACAAUCUGUUGCGCCUCGCCUUCCCCUGAACACUGGUUUCAACACGAUGUAUUCUUCGAUACCACAGCCCAUUGCUACAAUGGCAGAGAACUACAACUCUAUGACCUCGUCUUUGAGCUCAAUGACGUCAACUUGUUUGCAGCAACGCGAUGCCUAUCCAUAUAUGUUUCACGAUCCACUUACGUUGGGUUCUGUGCCCUAUGCAGCUCACACACGACCGUCUUGCAAUCCUGCCGCGGCCCAUCAACAGCCCCCACCACAACAUACAUCGGUAUAUGGAGGCGGUGCAGCAAAUACAUCUGGCGGUACAGGUGUCAUUUCGGCAGGUGUGUCUGUACCCGUGCAAAUACCCGCUCAAAGUGCUAGCGAUUUAACCAGCACUAAUUACUGGCCCCGUCUCCAGUGAUCUACACUGUUACUAACUCCGUCGUCAACCGCAUCAGUAGC